CGAGCGCGCAAGGGGGCGCGGCGUCCCGCCCUGCCCGCCGGCUCCUCAGCGCCGGCCUCCUCCCGGCCGCCGCGCUGCCCAGAGGCCCGCCCCGGGGAGGGGCUUCCCCGCGGCGCUCCGGCCGCACAGCGCUGCCGCACGUCCUCGGAGCCCUCGCUGCUCUUCCUCGCCGUGGCCGCGGCCUCGCCGUCGCCGGAGCCCCGCGGCAGGUCGGAGGUAGCAAACGGGACACGGGAAGAGUCCAAGUACAACUUGAAACCAUGGCAGCACACUGGAGAAAAGUCCUGAUAAUAUGUGUGACAGCUCAAGUACUACUUGUAAAUGCCUUUGAGGAAGAGGAUGUACCUGAGGAAUGGAUUCUUCUUCAUGUUGUUCAAGGUCAGAUUGGAGCAGGAAACUACAGCUAUUUGAGACUAAAUCACGAGGGAAAGAUAGUCCUUCAGAUGCGAAGUUUAAAAGGUGACGCUGACUUGUAUGUAUCUGAUGUGACACUUCACCCCAGCUUUGACGAGUAUGAGUUACAGUCUGUAACCUGUGGCCAAGACAUGGUCCACGUGCCUGCACACUUCCGCCGCCCUGUGGGAAUAGGGAUUUAUGGCCAUCCCUCUCACCUGGAGAGCGAGUUUGAAAUGAAAGUGUACUACGAUCGAACAGUUGUACAGUACCCAUUUGGUGAGGCUUCUUAUAACCCUGAGGAGAUGGAGGCAAACCAGAAAUACUCACAGUCUACAGAAGAUGAAUCUCAGGAUGAGGAGUCUGUUUUCUGGACUAUACUUAUUGGAAUCUUGAAAUUAAUACUUGAAAUUCUUUUUUAAAUUGAUACACACUGGACUAAGUCACACUUCAGCCUGUGAAAUUGAGUAUCAAUGACAUGCUGUAAUAUUUAAUACUCCUUGUUAUGUUUCCUGAAGAGGUAUUCAGGUUACAUUUCCUAAACCAGAAAGGAGGCGGGGAGAAAAAGCCAUAUUUAAUUUUAUAUUGUAAAUCCUCCCCUCUAUGUAAAAUGAGCAGCAAGCACAGUAUUUGCAGUGCUCUUCAGAGAUCAGGGCUUAAAAAUGAAUGUAUAGUUGGGAUCUUGUUAACUUCACUUUUAAAUAGGUGCUUGGGAACUCCAAUUCAGUAUUUUCUAUUGUUUUUUAUAAAGAAAAACGAAAUAAACUCCUGCACUUCAGUGCCCCCCCAAAUAUCCUCAAUUUAGAGCAUAUUUAAAAAUAAAACCUGCUGCUUUUC